UGUCUUUGCCUUUUAUCCAUCAGCGAAUUUAAUUAAUUUUAAUUGAUUAAACUCUAAUUACUAAUAAUCAUCUAAUCUACUAGUUAAUCUCUUCGUUUUAACGUUUCGUUUCUUUUCAUUUUCUCUUAGUGAUUAAUUUUUGUGGUUCACUUUUUUUGCGGUUCAACCUUUUCAUUAUUUUUUGUUCUUCUCUCUUUCUUUUUUUCUCCCUCUCUCUCUCUCUCUCUCUCUCUUCUCUUCUUUUUUAUUUGGUGAAGUGAUUUUUUUCUUCUUCUUUUUCGUAUUAUCACUUUUUUUUCUCUCUCUCUCGCUCUUACUCUCUGGCAUAUUUUACCAUUAGUGGUGAUUAAUAUUGUCCACAUUAGUUCUUCGUCUGUUGUUGGUGUUUUCUACUGCUAUUUGAAUCGUUUUCCCUCUUUUGGUUUUCUUUUUCUUCACUUACGAGUAUCACAUGGAGGGGACGAGCGAUGAGCCUCUCACUAUAAAAACUGUUUCUGGUGGUGUUGGUGAAGAAGAUGAUCACCAAGAGGCUGGUAAAACAGUCUCUUCUCCUUCUUCUGCAACAACUACAGUCGGUCUUCAACAACAACAAGUACAAUCUGGUAUUUCCACACAACAAGAUAAACCAUCUUCUCCAUCGUCUCUUAAUCAGUCAAAUUCUUCAAUUGAUUUACUUGCUGAUGAAAGUAUGAAUGAAAGUAAAAAUUCAUCGGCUUCAGAGGAUGGUGGUUGUACCAAUAUUAGUGAUAAUGUUGCUGGUUCUAUCACUUCUUCUACCAAUUCUGGUGGGAAAAAGAUUAACAUUGGCGAGUCAAUAGCUGAGCUUGAAAAUAAUAAUAAUAAUAGUAAUAAUAAGUCAAUUACUUUGCAUCCAAUAGCAACAACUAUAAAAACUUCAGCUACAAACCAAAAUGUGGUCACAAUACAACCAGUUUCAUCUUUAACUCUAACUUCUUCGUCUUCUAUUCAACAAUCAUCUUCUGCAACAUUAGUUUCCAAAUCUUCAUCAGCAUCCUCAUCUCUUACAUCUUCAUCUACAUCAUCGACAACUCUAUCAGCAGCAGCAGUAUCUUUAGCCUCCAGAACUCAUAUUAUACCGCCAGCCUCAGCUUCUGUAUCUUCCGCAUUCUCAACAAUAGCAGCAACUGUUACCAAUCCUAUUGCUACGACAACUAGUAAUAUCAUCUCUGUAAAUGCAACUUCAUCUUCAGCCGUUGCAACAUCUACGAUACCAAGUACAAAUCAGUCUGGUUCUACCAACUCAACAACCACCACCAAUCCAACCAUCACUGGCUCUGGAAAUAAGUUAUAUCUAAUUAACACUCCUAAAUUUGAUUCGAUUAAAAUAAUUGAAUGGAAAGAUGGUAUUGGUACUCUACCUGGAAGUAAAUUAAAAUUUAAAGUCAACGAAUAUGGUACAUUGGAAAUGCUUUAUGAUGAUGAUAAAGUUGGCGAUAAAUCGAUUGUUAAACCUGUCGAAUCAGUUAAAGCUCCUGCUGAAAGUAGUAAUGGAAGUAACAACAACAACAACAAUAAUAAUAAUAAUUUAUCAAUCACCCUACUCGCUGAAUGUGUUAAUUGUAAAAUCAAAGGAGUUAAAUCUAAUUUUAUCAGGAAUGGACGUUUUUGUAGUCAAGACUGUGCUACAAAGCAAUCAGAGAAUUUGAAAAUUUUUAGUAAAACCUCAACAUCAGCCAACAACAAUACAAACAGUAACAGCGCCAAUAAUUUAAAUUAUAGUAAUUCUAGUAACAAUAACAGCAAUGUCGUUAAACCUGAAUCCGUAAAGAAAAAGAUUUUUUAUCAUGAAGGAAGAAUGUACGUCGAUAUGAUUGGUGAAAGGGUAACCAUUCGAAAGCCUUUGUUUAUUAAUCGAUCUGAUCUCCAUGGUACUGGUCGAUCUGAAACACCCGAUGGUUUGGACCUAUUAGAUGCCAACGAGGAGAUCGAGAACAUUGAUUCUUUUACUGGGAUAAAUGUACCACAUAAAAAGUUUAAUUGGAAAGAAUAUCUGGAAGAUACUAAAAGCUUUUGUGCACCAGUUAAAUGUUUCAAAGAAAGUCAAUCAUUUCCAAGUGUCAAAAAUGGUUUUAAAGUUGGAAUGAAACUUGAAGGUAUUGAUCCUCAUAAUCCUGCUUUAUAUUGUGUCCUCUCGGUUGCCGAAGUUGUUGGUUUUCGACUUCGUUUACACUUUGAUGGUUAUCCUGAUAUUUACGAUUUUUGGGUUAACGCUGAUUCACCUUUCAUUUUCCCCGCUGGUUGGUGCCAAAAAACAGGACGCAAAUUAGAAUCACCCAAAGAUAUGUUAGGCACUUUCUCCUGGAAUAGUUAUCUUCAAACCUCUAAAUCUCAGUCAGCGCCAAAUUAUCUGUUCACAUGUGUCAAGCCAAGUUACUCACUGAGUCAAUUUAGAGUGGGCAUGAGAUUGGAAGCCGUUGAUAAAGCAAAUACCUCACUUGUCUGUGUUGCCAGUGUCGCAGAUAUUUUGGAUAAUUAUAUUUUAGUUCAUUUUGAUGGUUGGGAUGAUUCUUAUGAUUAUUGGAUCUCCAUGUCUUCUCCAUACAUUCAUCCGAUAAAUUGGUGUCAUGAAAGAGGUAAACCUUUAACUCCACCUAAAGAUCAUCCCAAACAAAGUGAAAAAUUUAAAUGGGCCGAUUAUUUGCAAGAGACAAAAUCUACAGCAGUUCCACCGAAAGCUUUCCGUUUACGUCAAGCUAAUUCAUUCCGUGCUGGUAUGAAAUGUGAAGUGGUCGAUAAAAGAUAUCCCCGAUUAAUUAGAGUGGCAACCAUAGUGGACAGAAGAUCUCACAGUGUAAAGAUUCACUUUGAUGGUUGGCAAGAAAAAUUUGAUUACUGGUUAGAUGAUGAUUCUUGCGAUAUCCAUCCAGUCAAUUGGUGUGCAAAAACCAAUCAUCCACUUCAACCACCUCCAAAUUAUUUCCGUAAAUAUCCAGACUCUAUAAAUUGUCCAACUCCAGGUUGUCGUGGCUUUGGUAGCAUUAAAUCAGCUCGAUUUUCAACUCACAAUACUUUUACCAAUUGUCCAUAUUCCGAGGAAAAUAUGGAAAGAGAAUUACCUGAUAGAUUUGGCCGUGAUUUCUCAGAUGAAGAAAUGAAUCCAAAAAGUCCACUUCAAGGAGAAGAAUUGAGCUGCCCACCAAGUCCAACCUCAUUUUCCGAUUUAAGGCGUAAAAGAAAACGUAAACGAGAAAAUUCUGGUUCAUCAGCCUCCGAUUCUGUUAAAAUUUCUCGACCCUCAACACCAUCUUCCUCCUUUUUCCAUAAUAAUUUGCAAAACAGUAAACACAAUUAUUCAGCGACCAUAUCAACUCUUCACCAAGCCAUAUAUUCACUACGAAUGAAUCCACAACAAACCAAUGAAACCCCAAUGGCAUGGGAAAAACACUCUAAAAGCUUAUUAAGCUUCGCAGAGAAAGUGAACGCAAGUGAGGUACUUAAAUGGACUCCAGAUAAAGUUGCUCAAUUUGUAUCUACAAUUCCGGGUUGUCAAGAUUUUGGUCAAUGUUUCGAGGAAGAGAUAAUCGAUGGAGAAGCAUUUUUACUUCUCAAUCAAACUGACCUGGUCACUCAUCUUGGUAUCAAAUUAGGUCCUGCUGUCAAAAUUUAUAAUAGUAUUCUGGUUAUUCGUGAUAACAUAGAUGCUUAAAUCUUAGCCCAUUUCUUUUUUUUUUUUCGCUCUCAUCAUCUCAACUUAACCAUCAUAACCUUAUCUUCAAAACCUACCUUAUCACAUCUCAUAACGGAGAGAGGAGGAGGAUCAACAAAUCCACAAACAAUUAAAUAUACAACAUUCAGAUACACAAAUUCACACGGAGAAAAUGAUUUCAAUGGCAACCCGUUUCUUUUUUUUUCGUAUACCCCAACAAAAAGAUAAAUAGAAUUGGAAUCAUCGAUCGCAAAUCUGUUUCUCACCUUUAAUCAACAAAAAUAAUAGUUACCUCUUGGUAAAAUUGCAACGUAAAUUACUACAUACGUCUCGCCUAAUUCAAAUUAUGGCAUUAUAACGAUGAUUAGUUAAUUGCUCUUCUAUUCAAUCUCCAUGGAUCUUAAGCUGCUUCUCUAACUCUCUAUUCCACCUUUUUCCUGCUCCUAAAAGACUUUCUCAUUUUUUUUUCUUUUUCUUUUCUGCUUGAUUAUCGAGUUGAAUACACAGCUGAUUACCCUUUAACUCUCCUUUCACUGUUUAAUAUGAAUCUUAAAUCAAAUCUUGAAAUUCAUCUUCACACAAACAAAACUAAUUGCUUGUAAUAAUAAUAAUAAUUGUAACACAAACUACAGCCCAAAAUACCCUCACAUUCAAGCUUUACUUACAUGAUUAUAUUUCCUUUUCCCUCCUUCUCCUUUUUAAAUCCGAAGUAACAAAUUAUUCAUCUUCAUCUUUGCAACAACCAACAAAAACCUUUAAAUGUUAAAUAUUGUCACCGACGAUGAAUUUAAUUCUGUAAUCACAGUUAAUAAAACAAAUUAUAAAGAUGA